UGAUGAGAUACCCCGCAAGUUACUGGCCCAUGAAGCGUAGAUGAUCGUACAAUGAGGAAACCUUGGAACUACUUCCGAAAAUAUGCACCGCUUCUACAAUGGUCUGGCGACUAUAACGUCGACAAGGCCAUAUCGGACUUGGUGGCCGGCAUCACCGUCGGGCUCACUCUGAUUCCCCAGUCUCUCGCUUACGCUUCCCUGGCAGGAUUGGAGCCCCAGUACGGUCUCUACUCGUCCCUCUGCGGUGGCCUAAUAUAUCUAGUCUUCGGCUCGAUAGCCGAGCUCAGCAUUGCACCUACUGCACUGCUGUCACUUUUGACGUACUCCUACACCAAAGAUCUCACCUUCGGCAACGUCCAAGGGGCCAUCCUUCUAUGUUUUCUCUCUGGGUGUAUAGAAUUACUCUGUGGUAUAUUCCACUUAGGUUUCUUGGUGGACUUUGUAUCAACCCCGGUAGUAGCUGCCUUUACGUCAGCAGGCGCAAUUACGAUAGCAACGUCUCAAGUCAAAAAUCUGUUCGGCCUCAAAUUCCAAUCAGAACAAUUCCUCGACACCUGGAAGAACUUUUUCAUCCACAUACGAGAAGUGAAGAUGCUGGACACCAUUCUUGGAUUGUCUUGCUGUAUUAUAUUGUUGAGUAUGAGGAAAUUAAAGGACUACGGUACACCUCCUUUAGCGAACACAGAUAAAAAGGAAAAUUAUCCCACUUUAAGGAAAAUCGUAUGGUUCGUUUCAGUUGCCAGAAAUGCUAUAAUAGUGAUAGGUUGUGCUGCCUUGGCAUUUAUAUUGGAUAAAUAUGGAGAAAACCCGUUUUCUCUGACCACAAAGAUUCCUUCUGGAUGGCCGAAUGUCUCCCUGCCAGCGUUCAAAAUCGAGCAAGAAAAUAAAACAUUGACUUUUAUAGACAUGACUACAGAACUAGGAACAGGGAUUAUUGUUAUUCCUUUUAUUGCUAUUAUAGCGAACGUUGGAAUAGCUAAAGCUUUUGCAAAAGGGAAUGUGCUAGACGCCUCCCAAGAAAUGAUAGCUGUGGGAUUAUGCAACAUAGUGGGGUCCAUGUUUGGAUCGUAUCCCGUGAAUGCCUCUUUUUCUAGAGCAGCUGUUGGAGGAGCUAGUGGUGUAAGAACGCCUUUAGCUGGAAUAUAUACAGCUGCUAUGGUAUUCUUGGCAUUUACGCUUUUAACUCCUUAUUUUUCCUUCAUCCCAAAACCAACCCUAUCAGCGGUGAUAAUUUGCGCCGUCAUAUUUAUGGUAGAGGUAAUGAUAACGAAGCAAAUCUGGACCAUCAACAGAUUGGAUUUGAUUCCGUUUGUGGUGACGCUGAUAUCAUGUCUCAUUUUGGGAAUAGAAAUGGGGAUUCUAAUUGGUAUUUUAGUGGAUAUAUUGAAACUUCUCUACGUUACUGCAAGGCCAAAAGUUUUGGUAGAGAAAAUACCGAUAGAAAAAGAGAAGUACAUUAAAGUAACGCCCACCUCUUCGAUUUUGUUCCCUUCAGCAGAACACGUUCGAGAAAAAAUUAUAAGCCACAAUUUGGAGUUGGGUCAAAACUGCACCACUAUCGUGAUAGACUGCCAAAGGGUCAAUAAAAUGGACUUUACCUCAGCAAAGUGUGUUGGAGAUCUGGUCAAGGAUUUAACCACCAGCGGAAAAAACGUGGUGUUCAUGUCAUUGAAAGAUCGCUUAGUAACGACUUUAAAGAAGGUAUACGAUGGUAAAAUUGUGCUGGUGAAGUCAGAAACUGAAUUAAAGGAAUAUUUAUAUUCAGGCCAACAGCAACCAAUAUCGAAUACCUUAUCAAAUAUUUCAAACGUCCAAGAAAAUGGGGAGCACCAGUCUUCGACAACACAACUGUAAAAGAGAAAUAAAAC